UUCGCCUUUGAACAUAAGAAGGACAACCUCGAACGUUUUGACCUACUACAGUUUCAUGAACUUGCUGUCGCUCUAAAAGAGGGCCAUGUUCGCAAAUUCGACGAAGCUAUACAACGUCAUGAGAUAUUCUUCAUCAAAUGCGGCAUUUAUUUGUUGGUUGAAAAAUUGAAAUUCAUUGUCUAUCGCAAUCUCUUCAAGCGUGUGUACAUAAUCAAACAGACGCAUCAAUUAGAUUUGCGGGCAUUUCAAGCGGCAUUGCAAUUUGUCGGCGAAACAGAUGUGAGCAUCGAUGAAACGCAUUGCAUAGUGGUUAAUUUGAUUUUUGAGGGUAAAAUCAAGGGCUACAUCUCAUACAGUCACAACAAGUUGGUGGUGUCCAAGCAGAAUCCUUUUCCACCACUUAAUACGGUUUCCUAGGAGCGGCUGAUGCGUGGUGCAGAGGCUCACGGACCAGGAUCUUUAAGUUAUUUAUAAAGCAUUUACAUAGUACAUACAUACAUACUAUACAUACAUG